AUGAGCGAGGUGGAGGUGCUGCGCGCGGACCCCGAGAAUGCGGCGCCGGCCAGCGACGGCAAUCUCCUGCGCGAGGAGUUCAGGCAGCUGUGCGACCUCGUGGCCCACAAGACCGGCUUCCAGCCGUCCGACAACCAGCAUCUGAUAGACGUGUUUCGGUUCUAUGACAAGAACGGCAACGGAUUCAUCGAACAAGAAGAGCUGUUUCCGAUGGUGUGCGAGCUCCUCGGCUGGGACAAGGAGGAGAUGGCGUCGAAGAGGGACGGCGUAAUCGCGGAGUUUCUCUCGAACAACGACCUGAACAACGACGGCCGCGUCGACUACGUGGAGUUCGUGCGGUACGUCCUCCGGCAGGACUCGACCGCGUGGGAGGAGGCCGUGCGGCAGUCCUUCGAGGCCAUGGACGUCAACGGGGACGGCUUCAUCGAUGCCAGCGAGCUCGCGGCCAAGCUGGCAGACCACGGCUGCGCGGGCGACGCCGUGGCGGACAUGCUCAAGGAGCUCGACAGGGACCAGGACGGCAAGGUGUCGUACCUGGAGUUCCUCGGCAGCACGAUCUUCGGGUCGCUGACCCCGCAGGCGCAGCUGGUGGCCAUGUUCAAAAACAGCAUGGGGCGCCGGGAGGCGGAGGAGAAGGAGAUGGACCCCGGGGAGGCGGCGUGGUCCAAGCUGAGCGCGAGGCGGCAGAAGAAGGUCCUGCGGGCGUUCAGGACCUUUGACACGAACGGGGACGGGACCGUGGACAAGAAGGAGCUGAAGCGCAUGCUGCGCGCAAUGGGUUUGAACCCGACGGACCGGGACGCGGAGCGCUACCUGCAGGAAUGCGACAUGGACGGCGACGGCACGCUCGACCAGUACGAGUUCACCAUCCUGCUGGAGCUCGCCGAGUCGCUGGUGAACCCGGCGAAGGAGGAGGAGCGCGUGCGCAAGGCGCUUGCCGUGUACGACACCAACGGGGACGGCAGGAUCAGCGCGGGGGAGCUGAAGGCGAUUCUGACGGCGAGGGGCCACUCAGAGGCGCUGACGGACGAGGAGGCGGAGCGCAUCCUGUCGAAGUUUGACAAGGACGGGGACGGGCACGUGGCGGCGGAGGAGAUCGCGCGGUACCUGCUGCACGGCGGCAUGUAG